GACAAGGUCCAGGUUUCAGGAGGUCUGCAGGUUUUAAGAAGUCUGGCAGAUUGUCCUAUCAGAACCAGGAUGAAGAGGACUGGUCUGCAGAAUCCUGGACUGGAGAUGUCAGGAACCAGUACCCAGGUCUCUGGCAGGUCGGGGGGGUACAGGUCUGCAGCAACGAAGGUGGGGGCUCGCUGGGCAUCGUAUUCAUGCACCCGCUGGAGACAGAGAAGAAGUAAACUGAAGGGUGUCCCCCUGGAGACGAGGUACCAGGGUCUGGCUGACGACGAGGACAGGGAUCAAACAGACGGGACAGACAAAACCCAGUUGAACAAAAAAUUGCUGAGUCACUUCAGACAGCUGGCCGCCACCGACCUGGACUCAGACCAGGUUGACCUGAACUUCCUGGAUCAUCUGAUAUCAGAUGGAGCCGACCCGAACAGCUCUGACCGGUUUGGACAGACAGUCCUGCACGAGGUUUCCAGGGCAUGGAGUGUGGAUGUGAUGCGAUUCUUCUUGGACAGGGGUUCUGACCUUCACCAGCCGGAUGAGUUUGGGGUCACAGCUCUACAUGUGGCGUCUGCUCUGGACUACAAGGACAUGAAGAAGAUGAAGAUUCAACUUUAUUGUCAUUGCACAGAGUACAAGUACUAGGACAACGAAAUGCGGUCUCUGCAUUUGACCCAUCCUAGUGUUAGGAGCAGUGGGCUGCCAUUAUGUACGGCGCCCGGGGAGCAGUGUAGGUCUACUUCCUGCUGGAGCACAAGGGUCUCUGUCUAUAAUGCUGAGUCAUGUCAGGGUCCAGGACUCAUAAUGCUGACUCAUGUCAGGGUGCAGGACUCAUAAUGCUGAGGCGUGUGUGUGUGUGUGUGUGUGUGUGUGUGUGUGCGCGCGUGCGUGCGUGCGUGCGUGUGUGUGUGUAUGUGUGUGUAGCUGACCCUGAGUCCCGGACUCUUCUGGAUCUUCAGACUCCGCUCCACUUUGCUGCUAAGAACGACUCAUUGUCCUGCAUCAGGGUGCUGCUGCGGGCCGGAGCCUGCAUCAGCGCAGCGGACUACAAAAAGAGGACGCCGUUGCAGCUGGCCGCUUGCAUGGAGCGCAGCGCCGCCGCCCGGCUGCUGUUGGAUCUCGGGGCCGAGGCUGGACUCACAGACUCUGAUGGACAACUCUGCAUCACCGCUUUGAUUGGUCACAUGAGUCCAGUGGCGCAGCUGGCCCUCUCUCAAUUUCAUGUGAUGGAUAGGAUGACCCGGCAGCAGUACUUCUACCUGAACCUGCUUGAACUAGAGAGCUGACCUGAGAUUCACCUGACAGCUGGAGGUGGUGGUGCAGCAGGGGAAGUUGGAGCUCAUCAUGCACCCAGUGUUUCUGGAGCUAAUCCAGGUGAAGUGGAGGCUGUACGGCAGGCUGGGGGCGUGGCUUCUCCUCAUCCUCAACUUCCUGUUCAACGUCUCCUGGACGACCGUCGCCAUCUCUGUGUCCGUCAACAGAGAGUCAGUUGACCGCUACGUCUUGCCACAGGACUGGUGGCGUGUCCUCCUGGUUGUUGUCGCUCUGCUCCUGACCGUACAGGAAGUGAUAAAGGAGGUUCAGGACGUUAUUCGCUCCAACAGGAAGCUUCGCCUCUGGCAGCGGUGGGCGGAGCGUCGUCUCCAUGACGACCUGCGCUGCUUGCAUCCCAUGUGGCCUCAGGAGAAAGUGUUUCUUUUGGAUCAGAUCAAACAGAUUCGUUUGAUGAGAGGAAGCUACAGCCAGGACCUUUGGAACGUCUUUGAUUGGCUGGUGUACUCCCUGCUGGUGGCCUCCUUCAGCGUGCACAUGGCCGACGUGCUGCAGCCAUGCAGCAGCCUGCGCACCUGCAGCCUGCGCCUGUUCUCCGUCAGCAUCAUCUUCCUCUGGCUGCGGCUGAUGAAGCACGUCAGAGCCUUCAGGGUUUAUGAUAACUCUGAGGCGAAUGCGGUGAUGCAGCAGGCGUCCGUCAUCCUGCAGGUCGAGGACUCCAUGUCCGUCCUUCGUCGUUUCUAUGACAACCAGUUCAUCUCCAGGCACUGUGCUCCGCUGGCCAACACGCCCGACGACGGCACGGCAACCAGUCCCCGUUACCAUGACGAGAUGACCCACAUAACCACGCAGAUCAAAGAGACUCUGGAUCAGUUCCUGGACUUGCAGAGGGACGUCAGCGGGUCUUGUUUGAACCAGAACAAAAACCAGGAUCUUCAAAACGAGGACCAGAAUCAGAGAAUUCAAAACCCGGAGCUGCAGAACCCGAACCAGGACCAGGACCUGGAGCUGCAAAACCAGAACCAGGACUUGCCGAACCAGAGCCUGAACCAGGACCUGCAAAACCUGAAUCAGGAUCUGCGGUGUAUCCGGACCGAGCUGCAGCAGCUCCGGUCUCUGGUUCAGUUGCUCGUUCACAACAGGACUAAUUCCAGAUCAGGGCUGGAACCAGAACUGGAUCUAAAGACUGAAACCUCUCAGAAUGAAAAUAAAUCAUAA